UUCUAAUGCUUUUCCUGAUAUUAGCAUUUUAGCAUCUCCAUCUGAGAUGACAGAUUGUAGAGAAUCUCAUUGAAAAAGCAGUUCCUAGCUUAUCUUGUGUCUUAUGUAGUUCUUAAGGGAAGGGGGCCGAAAUUUCUAUUAUUCCUGGGUAUCCCUUCCUCCAAGCUAACAGACUCUGGAACAUGAGUAGGAUCUGGCAGGACAUUUCUGGUGCGCAAAAAAGUAACUGCUGUUCAUUGGCAGGAUUGUUCAAAUUGUACCUCCCUCCCCCAAUUCUUUGUGUAAAGAUUAGGAGGCAGUACCUCCAGAAAGUGAGAAAUCCAUUCAUCCUCCUGCAAAGAGUUUUGUGUGAAAUAAAGGACCCUUUGCAUUAGAAGCUGUACUUCUGCUGGCAAAUAUGGAACAAGGACAGUUUCUUUUUCCCUCAAUAGCUUAUGAUUUGUACUGACUGACCCAGUUGAUAGAUACAUUAUUAAUGCAAAAAAUUGGCCAGAUCUUAUAAUUGGCCCUUAUAAAAGACUGCAUUUUUAUGUUGUAUGGAUGGUACCGAAGUCCAUCUCUACUAUAUCUUUUAAACUACGUCAGUGGUGAUUUGAAUUCUUCUAUGUAUGAGAUCAGGAGGGGAGAAAAUAAUCCCCCUGAGAUAACAGACCUUUGAUAGAAAAGGGAAGAUAAGAAAUCAAAGGAUAUCUUGUAUCUUGUGAUACUAUUUUGUUCAUGGAAACCUUGCUGAUCAAUGGGAUGAUUCCUUCCUGUAGCCCCGUGCAAGUCUUAAACCCUGUGGGAGACCCACAAACAUUGUGAGUGAAAGAUAGUUGUGGGAGGAAGGAAACAUCUAUAAAUCAAGCAUUGAUGCAAAAUAUAUGUUUAGCAUCAUUUGUGUUAUGUUCUUUUUUGUUUAGUAGAAAUAUUUAAGCUUGUGUGCAAAAUGCAACUGGACAUGCUUUACAAUCAAUUUUGCUAUAUUGAUCACAUUACCUACAUAGAAACGUACGUAAGUAUAUGUGUGAAUAUUUAAUACUGCUGUAUUCAGUGGUUUACCAUGAACAUUUUCUGGAAAGUUUAUGAUGAAGGUAUCUCAGUCAAUUGAGAUCUCAAAUGCUUGUUGUGUGGGCAUAUGUUUUGUCAUACCUGCUGUUCAGCUGUUCAUACUGGAAGCUGCUGAACUUACAUGUGAUGGCAGUGGGUUAAAGAUGCCAUUUCCUCUGGGUCAGAAAACCUUUUAUUUGCACUGUACUGAUGCCUAAACGCCUUGAAGUAGGUUGGAUCCUAUUCUGUGUUGCCUUAAAACAUAUAGUAAAUGUUUCCCAUUACUUACAGCUGUAGAGCUAUGUGUGGGUACUUGUACUUCUGUGGGCUUUCACAUGCAAAAUGUCAGAGGCUAUAAUAGGCUGCGCUACAGCAGUACUAUGGAUCCCAUGAGUUAGGAUGACACUUCUGGAUGUCUUCUAUAGAUUUAACAUUCUUCACCAUUCCCUGUAUCUAGUUGGGCUGUUUUGUCAGUUUUUCCCAACGAACUUCUGCUUCAAUAAUUUGGCCCAUUCAUAUAGAUGGUGCUAAUUUUCAGCUCUUUCAUGUUCCUUACCCCAAAGGCGAGGGUUUUUAAAAUGUGAACAGUCACAGUUUAGUUCUUGAAUCCUACGUUUUGGUUAAGCAUCAUUCGGAACAUAUUAGAAGAUGAGGCUAAUGAGCCCACAGAACAGAAGGAUUUAGACUAAUUAGCAGUAAAAAAAAUGCCUCAAACCUUUUGACAGAUGAUGGUGCUUGGGCUUUCCUUAGUACUCGGGCUUCAGCUUCUUAUUAAUCAUUUCCCAGGUUUUGAGCUCCCUGGAGCAGAGCAAACACCUCUGAUUUGCUUUAGCAGCCCAGCAGUUGAUGUCAUUGCCCUAGUAUGUGCCAGUUGUACCUGAAGAUCACUCAAGAGGUGAGGCGCCUCUGUAUGAAUGAGGGGAAGUGAGGAGCUAGUAGUGCUUGGCACAGCCCUGCAGCCGCUGAGCCUCUGGCAAGAGAGUGUGGCUUCCUCUCAGCUAUUGUUAACCAUCUCUUCGUCUCCCCCCCCCCCCAACCUUCCUCCGAGGUUUGAGCAAGCUAGGUUGCAUUUCGAAAUGAGGCUAGAUUAGAAGAAUGUAUGGGCGUGUGUAGUUUUUAUAAAGCUGACACAGAAGAGGGAGUGUGUGCUGCUUCAGUCGCAGAGAGGAUUAUUUUGCCUGUUGUUUAACCGCUCUCCUUGCUGGUACUUCAGGCACAUGUUUGCCAACCCCACCCUGCCGUAAGUAGAGCAGUUAGUCUGCCCCUUUGAAGGCUCAGGUGUCUCAAUCGAGGCUCCGUUUAGCUAAUAAAUCUAGAGAAGGGGGGUGGUCCAUCUGUCAGGACCCCUCAUAGCUGACUCACAGGAAGUGCUAAAAGGCUUGGCACUGGGUGACCGGCUCCAGGAGCUUGCCCCUCCUUCUCUGCUGCCUCUGCCUGCAUGUGUCUCCAGCCCUUUCCUAAAGAACAAUUGAACUGCCUUGGAAGUUUGGAGAGGACGAAGGGAUCUCCUUAAAGUUGUCUGUCUAGCCGCCUGCAGGAUGCUUAGUUUGACACCGGUUUAGACAGCUGUCAGUCUCCAUCUUCUCUCUUCCCUCCUCCCUCCCCCUGCUUCCCUUGUGGAUUGCUUUGUCUGGACGAAAAAAGGUGACCAUGGUCCAACGCUUCAGCCUCAGGAGGCAACUAUCAAAGAUUGAACGACUAGAUGUAAGCAGCCUAGCACCAGCAUCAAGCACACUAGUCUCCAGCAUAGACUGCAGUAUCAAUGCUGACUCUGUUGAUGGUACACCAGACCCACAGCGCACGAAAGUGGCCAUUACCCACCUGCAGCAGAAGAUACUAAAGCUGACAGAGCAAAUCAAAAUAGAACAAACAGCUCGAGAUGACAAUGUGGCAGAAUACCUUAAAUUAGCCAAUAAUGCAGACAAGCAACAGAGUGCCAGGAUAAAGCAGGUGUUUGAGAAGAAGAACCAGAAGUCAGCCCAAACAAUCCUCCAGUUGCAAAAGAAGCUAGAGCAUUACCAUCGGAAGCUGCGAGAGAUCGAGCAGAAUGGUAUCCCUCGACAGCCCAAAGAUGUCUUGAGGGAUAUGCACCAGGGACUGAAGGAUGUGGGGGCAAAGGUCACUGGCUUCAGCGAAGGAGUGGUUGAUAGUGUUAAAGGUGGACUUUCCAGCUUCUCUCAGGCAACCCACUCCGCAGCAGGGGCUGUUGUUUCCAAACCCCGAGAGAUUGCCUCACUCAUUAGGAACAAGUUUGGGAGUGCCGACAAUAUUGCUAGUCUGAAGGACUCCUUGGAAGAAGGUCAGGAAGAUGGAACGGGGGGAAAGGUGUUAGGUGUUCAUAACUUUCAGUCAAGCCCAAAAUAUGGCAGUGAGGAAGAUUGCUCCAGCGCUACGUCAGGCUCUGUGGGGGCUAAUAGCACUACAGGGGUCCCCAUGGGAGCACCAAGUUCCAAAACAAACACCAUGGAAAUGCAGAGCUCAGGGUUUGAUGCAAUACUGCAUGAGAUUCAAGAUAUCAGAGAGAUGCAAACACGGCUGGAGGAGUCAUUUGAAAAUCUUAAGGUUCACUACCAGAGGGAUUAUUCCUUGAUAAUGCAGGCUCUGCAGGAAGAAAGAUAUCGAUGCGAACGUCUGGAAGAGCAACUGAAUGACUUGACUGAGCUCCACCAGAAUGAGAUCCUCAAUUUAAAGCAGGAAUUGGCCAGCAUGGAGGAAAAAAUAGCUUAUCAGUCCUAUGAGCGAGCCAGAGACAUCCAGGAGGCCCUAGAGGCAUGCCAAACAAGGAUCUCAAAGAUGGAACUCCAACAGCAACAGCAGCAAGUGGUCCAGCUGGAAGGCCUGGAGAACGCCACUGCCAGAAACCUCCUGGGCAAGUUGAUCAACAUCCUCUUGGCUGUCAUGGCAGUCCUGUUGGUCUUUGUCUCCACCGUGGCCAACUGCGUGGUCCCCCUCAUGAAAACUCGCAGCAGGACGUUCAGCACUUUACUUGUAGUGGUCUUCAUUGCCUUUUUCUGGAAGCACUGGGAUGCCAUUGCUGGCUACUUGGAACGGUUCUUUUCUCCCCCAAGAUGAUGUUACGAAGAACUGGCUGUUGCCCCUCCAGCCCCAGGGCCCUCUGGCUAAGGGAGCGUGGCAAAGCUUAGUCAACAACUCCUUCCUCCGCUGAAGUUUUAAAGUGUCAGAGUGUGAAUUUGUUUACAGUUAAAAUAACGUUUUUUCUCUCUGCGAGACACAUUGGCAAUAGUGUUUUUUAGAUUUUAUUCAAGAGCUCUUUUUUGGCAGAAAUCCUGGAUAAUUUUUAUGUAGCAUGGUUCUCUUUGGAUGCAAAUCUUAUUAUUCCUUAAGUGUACAAAAAAUAAAACACCAAUUUGGAGCACACCAAUGGGCAAUUUAAAUUAUGGCUCAAGCUACUGUAUUAAACCUGUUGUGAAGAAGAAAAGACAUUUACACAAAGCAUAACAAAGAUUAAUCCAGUGCACAAAUGGUACCGCGUUGACCCCAUAAUGCUACUGUGAAACCUGACUACAUUCCAUGUCCGAAUGUAUAGCUUCAGGGUGACUUUCUUUAAUGGAAGACCAAUGCAAUGCGUGGAGCUCCCUGGAUCUAUUGCUGGGUUUGCCUGUUCUCUUAACUGAGCAUCCACACUCUUUCUCUAAAACCUGUUCAAUUUUUUGACUAAGGAUAUGAAGUGGAUGUGUUAUACCACACACAGUUACUGCACAGUUGUACUACAGUAUUUUGAAGUAGCCCUUUAAAUACUUUAAGCAAAUGCCCUUGGUCGCACUUUUACUGUUUUUUAAUAUGUGUAUAGUCACAGAUUUAAAAAUCUGAAUGGCAUACUUGAAGAGUGUAAUACUCAAACUCUCAGUGCUUCCUUAUUGUUUCUAAUAGGAUUUUUUAUUAUUCUUAUUGGGGGUUGUUUUUCAAUUCAGUGGUUGGGCAGGUCAUUUCUUUCCCUUUUGAAAUAAAGAAGUGAUGUUCUUACAUGAAGAAAUGUGUGAAUAAAUGUGAGCUGUCUUGUCCUGAACCAGUUCUGAGGAGAGAGCAGAAGCAGCUUCUUGUGCAUCUUGAAGGCACAACUUUUCCAAUGUGAUCUGUUUCCUUCUUAACUUGCAGAUGCAGCUUCACAAAAAGAGAUCUUCUUUCUCCUCCUAUCAGUCUUCUCAUCAUUUCUUUUCCUUUUAUGGCCAGGAGGAGAAUUAAAAUCUCAUCCCUGGGUCUGUUGCAUCUGGACUUAGAAUCUAUUCUUGUUUUUAAGGAAAGAAGAGAGGUAACCUUUUCAAAGCAACUGACUGAGUUCCAAUUCUGUUCUGUGAAAAGUAAUUGGUACCUGGGAAUCUCACUGACCAUUCGUAGGACUUAAACUUUCUGUUUAGGCUCAUGAAUGCCAAAGUUGGGGUUGCCCCUGGAAGAGCUUAUGUCCAGUCAACUUCAGGUCUGUUUUAAAAAGUUACCCUGUUUAAGGAAAGACUAAAUGAUUAAGGAAACAAAGGGCCAGUGCUUUAGGCAGGGGUUGGAAACAUGUCACAUUCCAGAUGGUGGAUUGCAUCUCCUAUCCAAGCUCAGUCAGUGGGAGAUGGGAGUUACAGCUUGGCAAAUCUGAAAUGUCACAUAUUUCUCUCCCCUGCUUUAUAUAUUCCUGAGUCAAGUUAUGAUUCAAAUGAACCCCUGAUAACUGAAACCAAAGUUGUCCUAUUAGUAAACUGACAAUACUUCUUGUUGGUGUUUCCUGGUGUGUUUAUAGCCCCGCUCUGCAUCUUGUUCCUCCAUAGUCUGUCCUAGUGAGAGCUAGCUUCUCUUUACAGGUUAUAAUAGGUGGUACAGCUUUACUAACGGCAAGUUGUACCUUACAGGAAUUAAUGAAACAGAACUGCCAGUGACAUAUACUGCCCUGCUUACCCCACCUCCACUGGCCUGUUUCUCCAUGUGGCUUUUCCAUGGCUUUUUAAAAGGAAAGCAGGGGCUCACACAAGUUACUUACACAGGUGACCCCCCCACAGAUCUUGCCCUGGGUGAGAGAUGCAUUGAGAAGAAAAGUGGCAAAGGAACAGCUUGAAAAACCUCCUUGCUUUUUGGAACCGUGUGGUUUAGCCCUAGAAUGGUAGCAACCUCUGUUACAUCUGUGACGCCGCAGCUAUGGUGUCAUAUCUUUCUGGAGCCUUUUCUUUGUAGUGGCCUACAGGGUUUAUAUCUAUAAAAUUCAGACUUAUUCUUGAAUCUGUUUUUUUUUUUCUUUUCACUAUGAAGCAGUAAAAAGGAGAAAAAAAUCUUCAAUAUUGCUGACAUUUCAUCACUUAUUGCAAUUUAUCUGUGGCCAGUGUUCUUCCAUAAGAACCUGACAAAAUGCCCAAGUGACCUAUAAUGAUGCCUGACAGGGAAUGCAGGAACUCUUGCUGUUAGGGCUUUAUUUUCUAGAACUAUGUUGUGAUGUAGUUUGCAUUCAUACAUGGGAUUUGUUCUUUUUGGUUGCUGUUGGGCAGCAAUGGGAAAUUUUCUCUCAGCCCUGAUCUUAAUCUCAGUGAUUUUACAUAUCAUUCCUAGACUCAUAAGUCUGUGUACUCAAAUUCUUCAUGCCAAUAUCACCAUACCUUGUCACUGGUCAAAUAUCUUGCCUGUCCUUUUAAGGAAAUAACUUGCCAAUGUCAAUAGACUUGAGCCAAAUAAUAAACAUUCCUGUUUCCCUAAUGUUAGAGAUACAGAAUUGGAUUAUUAAUGUUUAUCUUGGCCUGCCACAGCAACACGCUGUUGAAUGCUGACACUGCCUGAUAUUCACAGACUCAAAAGGAUCCUACUUUCCCUACACAUUUCUCCUGUUGUUCAUAAUGAUCUCCUACACUAAGUAACAAGGUCAGACUUUGGACUGCAACUAGUAUGUUCGAAAUUAGUUUCUUCCAAAAAUUCCUGGCCCCAUCUUCAGAUUUUUACUGCAGACAAGUUGAGCUCAGGGUACAAAGCAAUGUGAAAUGAAUCAAUAAAGUUCAUAUUGGUGCUCAUCACCCUGUAAAAUCUAAAAAGAUGUUUUUAUUCUUCUACCUGUAAAAAAAUCAGUUAUAGUAUUUGAAUUCUGAGCAUACAGUAUCUCAUGAAAAGGAAAAUAAUUAACAGAAUCCUUGAUCCUCCCAAGCUGUUCUGUCAAGGUCUUUUCCCCUGUAGUUCUCAACAUCUUUUGAAAUCUUUUUUAAAAUGCUGUCCAUGCUUUGUGAAGUUGCAUUCAAUCUCUUGACCACCCGAAUGCUAACUCUUCUGUCAUCAUUUUGCCUUUUCUUUGCUAGCGGAUCAUACAUUCCCCUCCUGUUGGUCUAAAGGGCUGUGACUGCAUCAAACUGUUUUAACAAUGUUAAUUGUUUGAAAAUGUGACUUUAGCUUUAAAAUCCCCAGUUCCUUUGCAAGUGCUGUAUUCUUUCUCUUAAAGGUGAAGCAUUCCUGGAUGAUUUGUGAGAGGUAGAGGCUGCCAGUGAGCGAGUCCAAGAGCAAGUGUGUAUGUGUGUGUGUGUGUGUGUAUCUAAUGUUCUUAUGAUUACUAUUACUGGUGUGGCACUCUUGAGUUAAGGAAUUGCAUAGUUUUCUAUUUGGAUAGAGUGAAAGGUUUAGUAUGUUAAUCACAUAUCAAUUGAUUGCAAAAAAAGAGAAAAGAAAUGAAUGUAACAGGUUGCCUUGAUGGAAAAGGUUACAUGUCAGCACACUUUCCAUGGUUCAUAAGACAUCAUUUUCCUUUUAGUUGGGUAUUUAAGAAAGAACCGAAUUGAAAAGCUACCAUUUUUAGAUUUCUUUUGUUCCUUCCCACCAUUGCAUGAUAACUGAGUACAUUCUGAAUAUGAACUCAGUGAUGACACUUCAUUGUUUACUCCAACUUUUGUGGAUACUUUCAUUGGGGAGUUUUGUUGGUUGAUGCACCAGCCAAAGGAGGCAUAGUAAUUCAGCCCUUUAGUUGGAAGUAGGGCCUCAAGAAGAAAAGCUGCAAGCAGUACAAGUCAAGAAGCCAGGUGGUUGAAAGCAAGUGGAUGGGUAUUUUCCUUGGUAGGCUCACUUCCCAGUUCCAAGAGGAUUCUGAAUGUGGCUGAAGAGUCCUGUGCGUGUGUCUGCGUGUAUGUCUGUGUUGUGUAUGCAGGGUGGUAUCGUGCAUUAGUAGGCAACUGACCUAGAGGUAAGUGCGUUUUUUGAAAAGUAUGAAAUAAAAACUCACUUGCCACGGGAUGAAGAGUACAGAUAUGACACUUGUGAAGGUAACACUGUAGUUUAUAGUUCUUUAAGCUGCUAAUUGUUGAGAGGGAUUGACUUUUGUCUUGUCUGGUCGUCACAGGUUUGUCUGUGACACAUACUGUAUAUAAAAUUAAAUAAAAACCUCAGAUAUGAAA